AUGAAUGAAUGUAAUUCAAAGGGGACAACGACCAGAACGAACCAUAAAAAAUAUACUUCACCAUUUUCUCAGUUUGACAUCUCGUCGACUGAUGUACUCGAUACUAUUGAAAAAAAGCAUUGCCCAACAUGCAACAAGAAUGUUCGCUACUUUUGCAACAAGUGUCUCAACCUAGUGAACUGUCCCAAGGGGUCUGUUCCGCAGUUGAAGCUCCCUAUUAAGAUUGAUGUAAUCAAACAUGAGCAGGAAAGAGAUGGGAAAUCUACAGCGUUACAUGCCAAAAUAUUAGCACCACAGGAUGUUGAGGUGUAUGGGUGGAAAAGUAUGCCAAAAUAUGAGGACGUAGAUCGACUGUUGCUACUAUUCCCAAGCCCGGAUGCCAAGCGUCUGUCCGAGAUUGAUCCUGCUUCGUUCGACAAACUAGUAGUGAUUGAUGGAACUUGGGACCAGGCAAACAAAAUGUCUAAGAGCAAUAGCCCGUUAUUACGGAUGAAGCGAGUGACUAUUGCACCACACGAAACGUUGUUCUGGAGGCAUCAGAGGAAAGCAGAUGACCAUUUAGCAACGAUUGAGGCGAUCUAUUACUUUUUGCGGGAAUACCAUGAGACUUAUCUCUCAGAUAAAUUGGGUCCGUAUACGAAUCAAUUUGAUGAUAUGUUGUGGUUUUAUAAGUACUUUUACGAGUUAAUUCAGAGGACAUAUCGGGAACGAACUGAUGGCCGUGAAUUUACCAUGAAGCAUAAAGCAGGGUAUAUUCGGUAUAAUGAAGAAGUCAAAGAAAAUGGAGAUAAAGAAAGAAGCGAGACUAGUAAUAACACUAAUAGUCAUAGAGAGGAUAGUGAAGAGAAAGGUGGAUCAACAGAGAUCCCAGCAACAGCUUCAGUUGCAACGCUAUCUACUGAAUGA